GCGCUCAGACCUCCAGUCACUCUCAGUUGGAACGCCGCGUCAAACGGUUAUCGCUCGUUCCCCGGCGCUACCUCGCCUCUCGCCCCCACCGAACCCCGCAUUUAACAGUUGUUUUGCUGCGAAUAAGAAGCGGAAGGCAGACGCCAGAAGAAGAUCGAGACAUAGAAGCAGGGGAUAACACAGACGAUAAAGAUGGGCGGAAAUUUGGCAGUGUUGCUGUUGUCGCUGCUCUUAAGUGCGUUUUCCACCGGCAAUGGAAACUCCAUACCGACAACGACGACGCCUCAGGGCGUAUUUGAAACCCGCACGGAUAAGCUGCCCGGUGGAGCUUCGUCUCUGCCCACAGGGGUAGCAGGUGCCUACGACGACAUAGACACCUUUGUGCCCUUCAGGAGUGAUUCGCACGAUCCCUUCUCGUGGCACCUACUCAAAACGGUGCUCCAAAACGAGACGGCCGCUAAGAACGUAAUCAUCUCACCGUUUUCCGUUAAAUUGGUCCUGGCCCUACUGGCUGAGGCUGCCGGAGCAGGAACCCAGACACAAGUGGAGCUGGCCAACACACAGACGGACAUCCGAUCGCAAAACAACGUCCGGGAAUUCUACCGCAAGACCCUAAACUCUUUCAAAAAGGAGAACCAGCUCCAUGAGACGCUCAGCGUGCGCACCAAGCUUUUUACCGAUAGCUUUAUCGAGACCCAGCAAAAAUUCACGGCGACUCUUAAACAUUUUUACGACAGCGAAGUGGAAGCCCUGGACUUCACCAAUCCGGAGGCGGCUGCUGAUGCCAUCAAUGCCUGGGCCGCCAACAUCACACAAGGCAGACUUCGACAAUUAGUGGCUCCAGACAACGUGCGUAGCAGCGUGAUGCUGCUGACUAAUCUUAUAUACUUCAAUGGUCUGUGGCGCCGGCAGUUCGCCAACACAUUCCGAGGUCCGUUUUUCCGCAGCAAAGAAGACAACUCGCAGGCGGAGUACAUGGAGCAGACCGAUUACUUCUACUACACCAACUCAGAGAAGCUGAAGGCACAAAUCCUGCGUCUACCUUAUAAGGGCAAGAACUCCAUGUUUGUGCUGCUGCCUUAUGAUUUAAAUGGCAUCCAGGAAUUGGUCCACAACCUAGAAAACGACGAGCUCAAGGGCGCCCAGUGGGCCAUGGACGAAGUGAAAGUGAAGGUGACGCUGCCUAAGUUUCACUUUGACUACCAGCAGAACCUCAAGGAGACACUGCGCAGCCUGGGCGUGCGUGAAAUCUUCGAGGAUAGUGCUUCACUACCGGGACUAACCCGCGGAGCCGAUGUCGCCGGCAAGGUUAAGGUCUCCAACAUUUUGCAGAAGGCCGGAAUUAUUGUCAACGAGAAGGGAACCGAGGCCUACGCUGCAACAGUCGUGGAAAUCGAGAACAAGUUCGGCGGUAGCACCACCAUCGAGGAAUUUAACGUGAACCGGCCGUUUGUAUUCUUUAUCGAGGAGGAGUCCACUGGGAACAUACUGUUUGCCGGAAAAGUACACACUCCCACUAACUAAGCCACUCAGACGGUUUUAUCUUUAAAUAUGCAAUAAAAAUACAAACAAAUCCGA